AAGGAACAUUUGAGUCUCAAAUUUAAAAUGUACCAUAUAUAUGAGAGAUUAUUUAUUAUAAUAUACUUGAUUUGAGUAUGUUGAGAUUAGAGCUACAACUUUUACGGUAUCUUCUUUUCUCUCUCUUUAUUUAUGUGUUCUUAAUCUUUAUUUUAAGUAAAUAUUCUCUCUCUCUCUAUAUUGUGGGUUUGUGUGCGUGUGCACGUGUGUAAGAGAGAGAUAUAGUAUUAUAUAUAUUUUAUGUGAGUUUGAUUUGAGUUUAGUUUGAUUUAUUUUAUUUUUUUAAUACAAAAAAUAGCCAAGAGUGGACAAGGCAUUUUUUCAACCUUAAAUUAAUGUAGACAAAUCACAAAUCAAUUUUUUUCUUCAGUUUUCACUUGACUGUUUGACAUGUCUAUCGCUAAACGACAUAAUGCAAUUAAUUAUUUACUUUUUGUAUUAUCUGCACUGUAUCUACAUUUAUUAUUAUUGUUACUAUCCUUUUCUCUCCACAAAAUACAUGAAUAUUAUAUAUAUUUAUAGACGCACACAUAAAACUCAAAAAGAAAUAUUCAUUAUAAUGCACUAGAUUUGGGCGUGUUGAGAUUAGAACUUCAACUUUUAAGCGCAAAUGGCCACUCACGAUCAGAGGCAAAAGGGACAACGCCCCCAUAAGGAAAAGAUUUGUAAAGUUUGCGGUGAUGUAAGUUGUCAAAUUGCAACAGUAACCGGCCAUGACUACAAAGAUGUUGUCAUGCACGAGGAUUCCCGGGUAGACUGUUAUAAAGAUGCACCAGAUAAUUGGUGUUGUGAAAAAUGCCUCAAAAAACAAAACAAUGAGAACUCUGAGGGAUCAGAGUUACAUGCCUCUGCAAAUAUUUGUCAAAGCACUCUUCCACCAAAGAAACGUAGCAAGUUUCUUGGUGAGAACUGGAAAAAAGAGGAACAAAUCAGGAAAACAAAGUAUAUACCUGUUGAUGAAGCAAUUGGCCUAUUGAAUUCCGUCUCUUCAAGAGUUAUGUCAACUAAAUCCAAGACUACUGAAACUCGAGGGAAUUCAAGCAAACCUAGAACUCAGAUUUUAGAUAUUUUUCCUAAGAAGAGAACACUGCAGUAUUCUUUAGGGUCAACAGGAUAUAAGAAACCUCACAGUUAUCUAAAUUUCAAAGAAAUAGAACCAAGCAUAAAACAAAUUGAAUCAUCUAAAGGUCCUGAGAGAGUUACCAUUCUAGAGCAUAAGACUUUCAAUGCUGUGAAAACGAGUGGAAUGAUGAAUCCACCUAUGACACACCCUUGUGAUCCUGCUCUAGCUCAUUCCUGGAAGGGAAGUUUUGAAAUCUCAAGUGCUUCAGAAUUUGUUCAAAGUGACCUCAAUGAUUUCAUCCAAGCUCAUUCUCCUUCUAGAGUCAAACGUAAGGUGUAUGAUUUAUUAGCGCUAUUGCCUCAUACACUAAAAUUUGAACUUGUUCCGCGCGAGGACAUUUGGACAAAGCUAUUCAAUAAUUAUUGUCCAGGUAAAGAAGACAUAGGACUAUAUUUCCUUUCAAGUGAGAGAGAAAGGUCUGGGAUAUAUACCUCUCUGGUGGAGUUCAUACGUAAUAGAGACUAUGUGAUGAGAAUGAUGAUAAAUGAUGUUGAGUUGCUUGUACUUGCAUCCACAACCCUGCACAAUGAUUGUCAAAAAUGGAACAACGAGUACUUUCUGUGGGGAUUAUUUUACCGCAUCGGACAAAACACAGAUGGAUGUGCCGAAGGGGGCAGCGACGAAGUGAUUGAUAUGGAGAUAGACAUGAUAGCUGGAGAAAAUGUGUGAAUGUUGGACACUGUGGUCUCAACAACUAGUUUCAUCAAUAACUUUGAUUUAGAUAUUCAACAGAAACCGUUACUGUUGCUACCUAUUUGUACCUUUCUAGCUUAUUGUUUUUAUCUGUAGUACUUGACGUAUUUGUACUGUUCCUUUUUAGUUUUCCUUAUAACAAU